AUGACUGUCGCCACAGAAGGGGCACUGCUGCUCCAGGGCCAGUCACAUCUGCUCCAGGGCCAGUCACAUCUACCACAGGGCCAGUCACAGCUGCUCCAGGACCAGUCACAGCUGCUCCAGGGCCAGUCACAUCUACCACAGGGCCAGUCACAUAUAGCACAGGACCAGUCACAUCUACCACAGGGCCAGUCACUGCUGCUCCAGGGCCAGUCACAUAUACCACAGGGCCAGUCACAUCUGCUCCAGGGCCAGUCACAUCUGCUCCAGGGCCAGUCACAUCUACCACAGGGCCAGUCACAGCUGCUCCAGGGCCAGUCACAGCUGCUCCAGGGCCAGUCAAAGCUGCUCCAGGGCCAGUCACAGCUGUCACAGGGCCAGUCACAGCUGCUCCAGGGCCAGUCACAGCUGUCACAGGGCCAGUCACAGCUGCUCCAGGGCCAGUCACAUCUACCACAGGGCCAGUCACAGCUACCACAGGGCCAGUCGCAUCUACCACAGGGCCAGUCACAGCUGCCACAGGGCCAGUCACAGCUGCUCCAGGGCCAGUCACAUCUACCACAGGGCCAGUCGCAGCUACCACAGGGCCAGUCACAACUGAUCCAGGGCCUGUCACAGCUGCCACAGGGCCAGUCACAGCUACCACAGGGCCAGUCACAGUUGAUCCAGGGCCAGUCACAGCUGUCACAGGGCCAGUCACAGCUGCUCCAGGGCCAGUCACAUCUACCACAGGGCCAGUCACAGCUACCACAGGGCCAGUCACAUCUACCACAGGGCCAGUCACAGCUGCCACAGGACCAGUCACAGCUUCCACAGGGCCAGUCACAGCUACCACGCGGCCAGUCACAGCUGCCACAGGGCCAGUCGCUGCCACAGGGCCAGUCACAGCUCCCCCAGGGCCAGUCACAUCUACCACAGGGCCAGUCACAGCUGCUCCAGGGCCAGUCACAGCUGCUCCAGGGCCAGUUACAGCUGAUCCAGGGCCAGUCACAUCUACCACAGGACCAGUCACAUCUGCUCCAGGGCCAGUCACAUCUACCACAGGGCCAGUCACAGCUGCUCCAGGGCCAGUCACAGCUGCUCCAGGGCCAGUCACAUCUACCACAGGGCCAGUCACAGCUGCUCCAGGACCAGUCACAGCUGCUCCAGGGCCAGUUACAGCUGAUCCAGGACCAGUCACUGCUGCCACAGGACCAGUCACAGCUGCCACAGGACCAGUCACAGCUGCCACAGGACCAGUCACAGCUGCCACAGGACCAGUCACAGCUACUCCAGGGCCAGUCACAGCUGAUCCAGGGCCAGUCACAGCUGCCACAGGACCAUUAA